AGGCGCUGGUGGCCCGUGGCGCGUGAUGCGGAAGGACCGGGUGGGCGGGACGGGGCGGGACUGGGCUGGGCGAGAGGGAACGCCGCCGCCGCCGCCGCCGCCUAGGCCCGGGUCCCGGCCACUGAAGCUGUCGCUGGGGCGAUCGCCCGGUCCCAGCGCCCCGGUCUCGGCCCAGCGAGAGCCGGCGAGGCAGGGCACGCAGAGAGCUGCCGACACCUUUCGCGGGCGCGUCCCCCGGUGGUCCCGCGGCUCGCAGGGCCUUGUCGCCCGGUACAGGAACCAGGGAAGGGGUGUAAGACCUGCAGCUCCGGACAGGCAAAGGACCAGUGACCCCAUCGUGACUGCCCCUGCGCGGGCCGUGUCUCCGGGCCAGCUUCAGACCACACCUACAUAUCAAAAGGCUCUCCAGAGACACCCCUCCAUCGCCUCAACCUCACAACAGGGACACAGGAGUAGAGGAGUCAUCUCUUGGGGACCUGCAAAGCCACCCUCCCGCCCAAGGCUUGCCAUCACUGUCCCCACACAAGCCUGUGCACUCCACCCCACCAUGGCCCUGGUUAGCAUCAACGAGCUGCCGGAGAACAUCCUGCUGGAGCUCUUCACACUCCUGCCCGCCUGCCACCUGCUGCGGCGAUGUCGCCCUGUCUGCAGCCUCUGGCGGGACCUUAUUGACCUCAUGACCCUCUGGAAGCGCAAGUGCCUGCGCGAGGGCUUCAUCACCGAGCACUGGGACCAGCCUGUGGCCAACUGGAAGGUCUUCUACUUCCUGUGCAGCCUCCGCAGGAACCUCCUGCAAAACCCCUGCGCUGAAGAGGGCAUGAAAUCGUGGAAACUUGACGCCAAUGAGGGGGACCAGUGGAAGGUGGAGAGUGUUCCUGGAGCACAUGGUACCAACUUUCCGGACCCCAAAGUCAAGAAGUACUUUGUCACAUCCCACAGCCUAUGCCUCAAGUCCCAGCUGGUGAAUCUCAAGGCCAAGGGCUACUGGGACGAGCUGCUGGACACGUACCGGCCCGACAUCGAGGUGAAGGACUGGUUCGCUGCCAGAAGAGACUGUGGCUGCACCUACCAGAUCCGGGUCCAUCUGGUCUCCGCCGACUACAUCACUCUGGCCUCCUUCGAGCCCCAGCCUGUGACUAUUGAGCAAUGGAACGAUGCCUCGUGGACAGAGGUCUCCCACACCUUCUCGGACUACCCUCCAGGCGUCCGCCACAUCUUCUUCCAGCAUGGGGGCCAAGAUACCCAGUUCUGGGCAGGCUGGUAUGGGCCCCGUGUCACCAACAGCAGCAUCAUUAUUAGCAACAAGAUGACCAGGAAACUGGCCCCGUCCACCGCUCUGUCUGACAGUGUAGGGGCUGAGGAAGCUGCCCAGCCAUCCACCCACCUGUCUUCACCAACCCGAUGACAGUCACCUGACUGCCAU